UGCUUUUAUCUGAUUUAUUUCAUUGUAAAUUGAAUAUCUUUGGGGUUUGGGCAUUUUAAGAUGUCACCUGUAGCAUGGUUUGUACUUUUCAGUAUUUUCUGACAUUUAAAAGAAGGAAUUAUCUGCAAAUUAAAUUGAUAAUGAAAAUAAUCAUGACACAGCCCAAAACUCAUGACAAAUACCUUGUUCAAGUUUUGUCUUCACCACUGAGAUCAUUAUUUGUCUAGUGAGGCCAGGGGAGGGGCUACAGAGGUGUUAUUUUAUUGACAAGCAGCAAAAAUCAGUUCUUACAGUUAAUUUUUCAAGGCAAAAAUUAUAACCUAAACCUUAGCUUUUAACCACAUCUGUAACAGUCCCUGUAGAUCUUUCAAAUCUCUGACCUAGUUUGAAGAAGUUAUCAUUUGAUCAUUUUAAGUGAUUUUCUUUACAUUAGAGCUUUAAAUACCAGACAUAAUAGACAAAAUCUAUAUUUUAUAAUUCCAUUCAUGAGAAUGAGCUCAUUCAAGAAUCUAACUUAAAGCAUUUGGAAAAUAACAUAAAACAUAACCAAGCUUUAACUAGAAGAAAUGCAUUUCUAUAAAGUCACUCAUUAGCAUCAGCAGUGCCCAGACUUCCUGAAGUACAGCAGAUUAUUAACAUAUGGGUUAAAGGCCAAUGCAGUUUCCAGGAACCACUUGUCACCCCCAUAUAACCACUGGGAUGCUAAUGUUUCCCCACUGCGGAGCAAACAGUAGCCACUGUAAAAACCAACCUCACCUUUGACCCCUCUUCCCCUAAAGUUCCCCCUUUCCCGCUAUUGAUCCUUCAGAUUCCUCUGACGUUGAGGGUAAGUGUGAGAAUUCUCUUCCAGAUAAAGGCAUUUGAGGAGUCAUUACCUAUGGCUCACCCAGAGUGUGUGUGUGUGUGUGUGUGUGUGUGUGUGUGUGUGUGUGUGUGUGUGUGUGUGUGUGUGUGUGUGUGUGUGUGUGUGUGUGUGUGUGAAAACUCUCCAUACAGAGAGGGCCACUGAAAUAGAUCAUUAAAGUCAUCUAUUGCCAGUGGUGGUGUGUGCGGUUCAAAGGUUGUCCCAUUUCUUCUGGAGUAACAACUAACAAAUGCAGGAACUCAGCUUUGACAUAUAAGGGGGCUACAAACACGUCAGGUAAAAUGGAAGCGCUCACACUGCUGAUUAUGUUCCUCACAGUUUCUGGAUAUUCAUACGUAUUGCAACCCAGACUGACGGUCACCCAGAUAGCUGGGCUGGACAGAGACCACCAGUCUGGGAUGAGGAGUGAGCAGCUGAGAGAUGUUUCUAUAUCAGUGGAGGAGAAAAAAAAGGCUGCCAAAUCCACUGAGAGAAGGAAAGAAAAGGGGAAGGAAGGAGAGGAACGGAGGAGUGAAGGAUUGACUCCAGAGACAAACCCAGAAAAGAAGAGGAUGGAGGAAAAAAUAGAAGAUAAAAUCACAGUAGGUUUCACUAUAGCCAUAGGAGAAAUCGUUGACAGUAAUCAAGGAUAUGAGAAAGGAAGUGAGGAAAGGCUGACUCCUGAGAUAUUUUCUAAAAAUUCAGGGGAAGAAACAAAAAGAGAGGAAUACUCUGACAAGGUGAAAGAUUUAGAGACAGAUAAAGGAGGUGAAGUGGACAGGAGAAAAGAUGGACCGAAUCUGGAGACAAAUGAGGAGAGCAAGACAGUAAAAACAAUCCUGAUAGAUAACACAAAAACAUGGGAGACAAUAAAAACAGUCAAUAGUCAUAAUAUAUGGAUACAAGAAAAGGGAAAGAAUGACAAGAUAGAUGAGAUAUAUAUGAAAAGUGAUCAAAUGGAUAAACUGAAGCAAGAAAUAGUGGAAGAGGAAAGAGAGAGCAAGCUAGUUGCAGGGAUUAGUCCUCACAAGGAGACUAGAGGGGACGCCCAUGAGGACGGAGAAAAGAUAUUAACUGUAAAUCACAAACAUGUGGAAGAGAAAGGAGGAAAUGAGAAAAGGGGGGAAAGAGCAGAAGAGGAAGACAACAUAAAAAAUGACCGUAAUGAAUUAGUAGAAAGAGAAAAGGAAGAUCACGUAGUUGUUAGCAAUCUCACACCUCCUUUAAGCACAUCUUUUACUCAACUGGGGAAAGAAUUCGAGAUUCCUGCCACAAUUCAAAUUAUCACUCAGUCUCAAAGUCCUCCUAGUUCUCCUCCUCCUGUUCAUCAUCAUAAUGUCCCUCCAUUCACACAAGUUCCUCCAUUCUCCUCUCACUCUCCCGCCCCUUACGCUAAAGUUAGUCCUCAGCUCUUCCCUCCGUCUGUCACACUUCCCAAUCCUACAACGAUCAAUCACAUCUCAGUCUCAACAGUGGUUCCUGGCGAGGUGAGGUCUGUCUUGCUGCUUGAAGAUCUCCUCACUGAGGUGUUACAGAGUCCUGGACACCAUCUCAAGCAGAAUGAACUGGAAGUAAAGGCUAGCCCAAAUUUAGAGGAUGUAAUGGAGAAAAAUAUAUUGCUUAAACCUACACGGAAGGAGCUAGAAACCACAAAGGAAAUAAACACCGUUGUUAAACCACAAGAGGCUGAAUUUAUCCCUGAGGUGCAAGCAGCAACGCCAAAACCCAAAGAGCAAAAUCCAAAGUUUAUAUCCAAAGAUUUAAAAACUAAAGAGCCAAAUCCUACACUAAAAUCAAGUGAAAAUAAUCCCACUACUGAACCGGUGGAGCUUACACAUAAACCAAACAUGACACAGCCCACAGGCAAACCCAAAACAGUUAAACUGAUGGAAAAUGACACCAAACUUACAGUGAGGCAAAAUAUGGCAUCUCCUCCUCAACCACAAAUGUCCAAACCUUCAGCCAAACUGCAGCGGACAACUGCCAAAACACCUUCAGUGAGGCCAACGAAAAUCAAUAGAAGUAGUAAAAAUAAGACAAUUAAGAAGUCCAAGGAAAAGAAAACGAAAAAGGACAAUAAAACCCAAAAACCAUCAAAGAAGAAAAAGGAGGUCAUCAUGCCAACACAUUUUCCUUACUUUAUGGAUAACUACUGUCCUCCUGAGUGCGCCUGCUAUGGAAGAGUGGUCCAGUGUUCAGACAAAGGUGUGGAUAAUGUCCCUUACGGUAUUCCCUAUAAUGCUCGCUACAUUCUCCUUAUGAAUAACCACAUCAGCAGCAUCCAGCUGGACCUGCUCAAUGAAUAUGUCUCUAUGGAGUUCCUAGUGUUGAGCAACAAUCAGCUCACAGAUAGUGCCAUAGAGGGGGCCUUUGAGGGGGUCCCAGCUCUAAGGCGCCUCUACCUGGAUAGGAACCUCCUAGAAAGCGUUCCAACUGACCUUCCAGUUUCUCUCGAGGAGCUUCGAUUGGACAAUAACCAGCUGAGUGUGAUGUCUGAGGCAGCCUGGGCCCGGUGUCCCGGCCUCUUGGUUUUGAGCCUCAGCAACAAUACCCUGGGGAAUGGAUCAGAAUCUCUUCCUAAUGCAGUACUCUCUCCUUUGUGCAACCUGCGCACACUGAACCUGGAUCACAACCAGUUAACAUCGGUUCCUCUGGGCUUACCACUGUCUAUCAAGGAGUUCUACCUCAAAGGGAACCUCAUUGAGCAGUUCCGGGGAGGAGCCUUCAACGGGAUAUCAGAGCUGGUGGUGUUAGAUCUGAGUGCAAACAGACUGACAAACAAAGGUCUUCUCAGGGAGUCCCUUCUCAAUGCAACUCACUUGGAAAGCCUUAACUUACAGGGGAACAGACUAAAACAAGUGCCACAACACCUUCCUCACUCACUUAAAACUCUAAAUCUGGAGUGCAACCUCAUAUCUUCCAUAAAGAAAGCGGCUCUCAGCACCUUGAAAAACCUGGAACACCUGGGUUUAGCAAGGAAUAAAAUCUUCAAAGUGGCACCAGGGGCAUUCAGGACAUUAGCCGUUCUGCACCAGUUAGACUUGUGCCACAACACCUUGCGCCAGGUGCCCAGACAACUGCCACAGGCUCUGCACUCAGUAGCACUCACACACAACAAGAUUCAAUCAGUGCCUCGUGAUGCUUUCUGCUGGGGUAACAAAAGUCUCAGCGGGCUUGUACGAGUGCAGUUGGAACACAAUUUAAUCGAUAUGGGGAAGUUGGAUGCACAGGCUUUCCGAUGCUUACGGGGAUUCCAGGUGAUGCACUUCUACUGAAUAUUCAGAGGAAAACAUACAACUGUGCUGCUAGGACAAUUUAUGCACAAGUAUAAAAAUAUAUGCAUGAUUAAGGUCCUUCCUCCCUUACUUUGUAAGCAUUAUCCAAUACCUGUGGUGAAUGCGAUUGCUAUGCCAGAAACCAAUGGUGAAACUGCCAACUGAGUGAAAUAUAUAUUUAUUGUGUGAACUUAAAUUUAUUGUGUGUAACCUGCCCAAGCCUCACUCUUUAGCUGUUUUUAAUUACAUUAAUUCUCUUCCUUGCUUUAAGGGUUGGAGACCAAUGGAUUAUUGUACAUGCAACAGGAAUAGUCUAACAAAGUUAUCAGUAACAAAAAUUAUGUGACUGCCAAACUUCAGACUAUUAUGGACCUCACUGGUGGUUUCCUCAUGACCAUUUUCCAAACAGGACUAUUUAGAAUAAUUUCCAGGCAAUGUUUGGUUUCCAUUUAUUGCAGUAAAAUCAAACUCACUUAGAGUAGAAACUUGAAACUUGUAUGACUAGCAAGCAUUGUAAUCAUAGACGCAUUCUUCAUUCAUUCAUCUUAAUUUUAUAUCUCUAAUCUAUUCCUGGUGGUAUAUUUGAGUAGUCAGCUGCCGAACAGCAUUUGUUUCAUCUGACAGAAAAUUAAAUUAAGAGUGCUUAUAAUAAGCAGACAUGGAUAGUGUGAAAAGGUAGAUGUGAAUUUUAGAUGGGUUUAGGGGUUCUCUCUGCAGUUCCACCAACAGGGAGAGUUUUCAAAACAUCCCUGCUCACACUAUGACAAAAGAAUACACAUGUUGAUGGGAUGGAUUAUUUCUCAAGCACAUUUAAAGUGUUCACAGUGAAACGAAUAACUCCCUAAAUAAACUCCUUAAAUUAGGAAAUCAAUCUGAAAACUUGCUAAAACUGCUUUCUUUGGAGAAUUGCUUGCAGUUUUAUAUAUAUAUAUAUAUAUAUAUAUAUAUAUAUAUAUAUAUAUAUAUAUAUUGAUUCUUAGUUAAUGGUAUAAAUUUGUAAACUUGUAAACCUCUCCACUGACUGCUUCAAUGUUCAUUAAUUUUCCUGUGAACUCACUGAUUGCAAUCAACAUAUAUAUAUAACUUGAUGUUUAGUUAAUUGUGUAAAUAUUGUAAACUUAUUGUGGGUAUAAUAAAGUUUAUCUAUAAUAGUCCUUGUACAAACAAGCAAUAAUGGUUAUUAGGCUGCAAAAUCGGAGAACAUGUGCCAUGAUAAUUAGGUUCUGUGUCUAAGCUUUUUUCUAAAAAAUAAAAAUGAUUUUUGGGCAUCUAAAGAUGGCUGCUUGAGAAAUUUUGUGUUUGUCUUCUAUGAAUCAAGGUUCCCCCACAUAAUGUCUUAAUAAGGAGAAAAGCCCAGCAAAUCUUCUGAGUGAUAUAUAUAUAGAAUAUAGGACAGGUGAUUCAAAUCAGGGAGCAAUCAACAUGAACAUAGAGAUAGAUUCCAUAGAGCCUUCCGUCAUACAUAUGUCCACGUUGUAGGAAAUAGCAAACACAAAAUACAAAAUCACAGAGUAAACAUUGUAGAAGAAAAAGUAGAAAAACAUCUGGAUGCACACAUUAAUGAAGAAAUAGGUUUACAACAGAAUACCGAAAUGCAUCCAACUCACACAUACAAUAUUUAAGGUUGAGUAAACAAAGCUUUUGUGUUAAGUAAAUAUACAAAUAAAUGUACAAUACAAAGAAUCAAAGAGCAAAAAUUACAGAAUGAAAAAACAUUUGGCUGCAUAUAAUAUAUAUAAAACAAUAUAGACAAGAUAAGGCUACAAGGAAACAUAUUAAUGCAUCCCUUUCAAAACAGCACACAUAAAAUGCACGUUUCAAAAUUUAAAAAGCCAAGUGACAAAAAGCCAAGAAAGUUAAUAUUGUCCCCCCAGUAAAUGUAUUGAAAGGACCUGCAUUGAUAAUCACAGAGGACACGUUUUCAUUGGGUGUGAAUUCCCAAAGACACAAGAACAUUAUAGAAACCAUUUGAGAUGAUCAGACUUCAAGAUAUUUAAAUUAAUCCUUGCUCUUUCUUAACUUAACCUGACAUUUUGUAUGUGUGACUGGGAUGCAUGCUGGUAUUUUGUAUUCUUUUGUAUACUUGUUGCUGAAUGCCCUCUCUAUGGACUCUACUUCUAUGUUCAUGUUGAUGAGCUCACUGAUUGGUAUCACCUGUCCUUUACUCUACAUAGUUUGCUCAGAUGCCUUUUGAGGUUUUUUUUUCUGAAGAUGACAAUAUGUGCUAACAUUUUGAUGCACACAAUGAAAAAUCGAAGAUUUUAUCAAAGUUAUAGGUGUACAGCUCCCUCAUCCUUCCUCUGAGCUAGCAACUUACUAAAAGAGGUGUGUUUCAAGAGAGAAGAACAUUUCAUAUAAAUGAUUUGUCCUGCUCAGUUACAUCGAGAGAGAGAGAGAGAGAGAGAGAGCGAGAGAGAGUCAGCAGUCUAUGGUUCAAAAAGGGGUUUCAAGAAAAAGUGUGGAACAAAUAAACUCAUACAAAUGGUGACAUGAUGUUACACAUGAAGACUAAAAUGCACCUGAAAUAUAUGUUAUUAAACCCACAAAAUUUUACAAGUUAAACAACUUUUUAUUAAUCCAACCUGCAAGAUAAAAUUCAGUUUGGUUUCUAUGAUACAGGGGUGUAAAGAACAAUAACAAUGAAGAAUAUGAAAUGAUGUACCUAUGUCAUGAAUAAACAAGAAAAAUGACAUGUGUCAGAAGA